AUGAACUUCGAGGAAAAAGAAGAUAACGACGGUGUACGGCUCACAUGGAACAAUGUUCCAAAGUCCAAGCUUCAAAACCACCGGAACAUUGCUCCAUUGGCUGCUCUUUACACUCCUCUCAAUAACAAGCUGUCAGUGACAUGCUUAGAUGUGUCCCAGAUGAUGAGAUGUCGUCAGUGUAAGGCAUUUGUCAAUCCAUUUGUCACCAUCAACCAGCAGACAUCAGAUAUUUGGUACUGUCAGUUUUGUACUUUUGGAAACCGCUUAACGUUAGCGGAGGAUGGCUCGUUUCCAGUGUCUAUGCAGCCUGAACACUCUACAGUGGAGUAUACCACGGGAAGAACGGCGAAGCUCCCCCCAAUCUUCUUAUACGUGGUGGAUACUUGUUUUGAAGGAGAUGAUAUAGAGGAUGCAUUUCUGUCGCUUCGGGACCUGUUGAUUCUGUCACUUUCUUUGCUUCCUUCCAACUCUAUGGUGGGAAUGGUCAGUUUUGGUAAGCAUGUACAGUUGCACGAUUUGUCCAUGCCUAACCGGAGUUACACGUUCAAUGGUGAAAAAGAUUACACUUUGCCUGACGUACAAAAGAUUUUAGGACUCAACUCGACCGGUUUGGGAACUGCUCAAACUGCUUCUUUGAGUUCCAUAGCACAAAAAUUCCUUCAGCCCGUAGACUUGGCCGAGUACCAAAUGAGUUCCAUUAUCGAGAACAUUGUCACAAAUACUUUUCCUCACAGCACCAGAGAUCGGUCUGAGAGAGCAACAGGCUGCUCGCUCAACAUUGCAGCAUUAACUCUUCAGGCUAUUUUAGGAAAAUCUGUUUCUGCUGGUGGUCACGUCAUGUGCUUUGUGGGAGGAGCUGCCACUUAUGGCCCUGGAAAAAUUGUGGGAAUGCCAUUCAAGGAACCAAUUCGGUCCCAUCACGACAUUGACAAGGCAAAUGUGGCACAAUUACCGAACAUUUCUAACGGAAGCGUUGCCAAGGUCGACACACUGCUCUUUAAACAGGCAAAAAUAUUCUACGAAAAGGUAGCCAAGGUGCUAGUGAGCAUCGGAAUCAGUUGUGAUUUCUUCGUUGGCUCCUACGACCAGGUGGGGCUCUACGAGAUGGAAGAAGUUGGGGUCAAGACUGGAGGAGUGGUAGUGAUGUGCGAUUCCUUCAGUACUGCCAUGUUUAGGCAAAGUUUUUUCAAAUUCUUGCGUAAAGAAUCGUCAGAUGCCGACGGUUACCUUGAUAUGGGCUUCAAUGCCACUUUAGAAUGUCAUGUAACCAAAGACUUGCAGAUCCAAGGUUUAGUGGGCCAUGCAACUGCUUUACCGAUGCGUAAAGACAAGGCAGUUGAAGCAACUGUCUCAUCGCUAAGUAUUGGAGAGGGAAAUACAAAUGCAUGGAAGUUGUGCAGUGUGAAUCCCCAGUCCACUUAUGCUAUCUAUUUCGAUAAAUUGGAUUCCCCACUGAUUGGAUAUGCGUUUGUGCAAUUCACUUUUCAUUAUGAGCAUCCAAGCGGUGAAAUGCGUUUGAGGAUCACCACUGUGCCUCUUGCAGUUAUCGCUGAUUCAGAUAACCACAAUUUGGAGAUCGGAUUCGACCAGGAAGCGGCUCUUGUCGCCAUCGCACGUAAUGCCAUUGACAAAUUGCAAUCGAACGUGUUCAGCACUAAAAAGUCUACCUAUGAUCAUUCAGAUGUUGUCAAGCACUUGGACAGACAGCUCAUUGAUUUCUGCUCGCGAUUCGCUGUGUUCAAUCGUGGCAACUUGUCGUCAUUCAGAUUGUCAAGUAGCUAUGCCAUGUUGCCUCAGUUCAUGUAUCACUUGCGCAGAUCGCCAUUCAUUCGGGUUUUCAAUAACUCACCCGAUGAAACCAGCUACGUGAGACACGUUCUCAUGCACGAGGAUGUGACAAACGCCCUCAUUAUGAUCCAGCCUUCGCUUCUCUCGUACGACAUUGAUACUUUUGGAACGGAGGACGAAAAUGGAGAAAUAAACGAAGACCCCGAACCAGUGCUCCUAGACUCCAUGUCGUUAGGUCCCACCAAGAUCUUGCUUUUGGACACAUUCUUCCAUAUCUUGAUUUAUCAUGGUUCAACCAUUGCCGAGUGGAGAAAAUUGAACUACCACAACAUGGAAGGUUACGAACACUUCAAAGAAUUUUUGGAGGCACCUAAAAGAGAAGCCAUGGAAAUCCUCAUGGAUAGAUUCCCAUUGCCCCGUUUCAUUGAUACUGAUGAAGGAGGAUCACAAGCCAGAUUUCUCAUGGCCAAGUUGAACCCAUCUACAAGUUACGCGUCUAACCCCAACCACUUGUACGGCAAUCAGCUCGACGUUCUUACCGAUGACACCAAUCUCCAGUCAUUUAUGGACCUGAUCCAGCGCAUCGUAGUCGGAAAGAAGUGA